AUGGCGGACUCGCAGAACCACCUGCCAGAUCUCUGGCUAACUCUCGCAGCCGCAGACGAUGGCUGUGCAGAGCUUCAUCCUAUCAAUUGUCAUAUCAAUCGUCUUCAGAAUGGUAAAGAGAGCCUGUCGGUUACAAAAUCUUCAUCAAGCAGCGUGUCUCCCCUCUCUGAAUUCAACGAGGAGGGUUUGGUGACCGAGAUGAGAUCGCCCCUCCGCUCGCCGGCUCUCGUAUCCGAGCAAACAGCUGAUGUGACAAUGAAAGAUGUUAUUGAUGAUACAUCCAUGUUGGCACAAGAUGGAUUGGAGAAAAACCGAGCCGACCGAGCCUCAACCCAUGACUCCGAUGCCCUCACCGAGAUCGACGACGCCAUCAAGCACUAUGAUGUGGGCCCUCCCUACACCCAAAUGGUGACUACACCAGAGCACUUUCUAGAUCCACAUGCUCCACGAGUCAGUUACGAGCUCUUUGAGAAAACCGGACUCUCUGAGAUCAAAGAGACUCCCAAAAAGGCCUCUCGAUUCCUGCAGACUUUUACGUUUUCCCCAACACGUUCGCCUGGCAAUUGGAAGAUUCAGAAAUACCGGGGACCUGCAAAGUGUCUUCCACUCCAUCUUCUUCAGAUACUUGACGAAUGGCAUCAGAACAAUCCGCUUGAAGCGCCCCCUUGUCAAUGGAAGGGGCGAACCGAGGGAACCCAGAAAUGGGAGAAUUUCAAGAUCUUCGAUCAAGAAGGUGACGAAUAUGAGGUAUCGAUCUUCAAGAUAACAGUCACGCGUCCGAAGUUCCGCAUGUACAACCUUAUGAUCUUACAUUCAGAGAAAGCACCAGAGGUUUUUGUGGAUUGCGCUGCGAACUGCCGCCCCCCAAACAUGAGAGGGACUGGCUUUCAGGGCCUGUAUGUCGUUGCCUGGCUUGGACUUGCACAAGGAUUUGAGAAUGAAAAUUGUGGUAUUUGGGUUUGGGCCCCAGAAGGAAUCGAUAUUCCUUUCCGCCCCGGAUGGUUUACCCUUGAGAAGCGAAACAAGCAGUCGAAACCAAUUAAGACUGAGAAAAGCCCGACCCCGAUUACUCCAAGAAAGAGCGCUCAAAGCCGCCCUGUAACCUUUCACAGUCCAGAAUCCGAUACUAUGCCUGCCCCGUACUCCGAGAAGCAAGGCAUCAAGUAUGAGUCGGAUGAAGAGGGUGUUGUUGCUUCCACUCGUGUUUGCCGAAAUCUGUUUUCGCCCCCGCCUAUCCGUUUCAAACUACGGUCUGAUACUUCACCCAAUGUCCGAAUUUUUGCUUUCAACGACCAGACUGACAGUCGUGCUGUCUUCAACAAAGCUCGUGAAUUCUACCAGGAUAAGGAUUUCUUCCGUGAGAUGGCACUUUUGUGCAAAGUACCUGGACAGGAGGAGCCUCGAUACAUUGGAGAAGGGUGUGAAGAUGAAUUUGAUCUUCUUUGUGAUGAUAUCAAGAAGCUUUCUUUGUACCAAGAUGAAGUCGGUAUUACUGCGAUGAAGCCUGCUGGUCCCUUGACUGUCGAAGCUACACUGGUCUCAAAUUGA